GUUAGUAUAAACACAGUUUCAAUUGUUUCUUAAAUCCUAAUUCAUACUUUGUUUACAGAUUGAUGCGAUUAGGAUCCAUAUUAUGGCUGGGGGGAUUUUAAAAAACCUUAAAAAUAUUAUGGCUAAUCCGGUUGUGUUAGCCUACAAUGUUAAUGGCGUUCAAGGCAAAGCUGCCUUGAAAGAAGAGAGCGCUUUCUAUGACGUAUUAAUUGAUGCAAUAAAUCUGGUUGAUGGCAGUGGUUCGGCCGAAGAACAACUUAGGAAGGCCAUGCAGCUGCAGAAAAAGCGCUUUUUUUAAAAUACAAGCGUC